CAAAAAUUAUAGAAAAUAUUGUCAAUUUUGUGCAAUGUUCACUCUAAUCUUGUCUAAUUAAACAUAUUGCUUUGAAAGUUGAUUACUAAAUCUUAAUUACCCCACUCUUAUGAUGCCACCUAAAGUUAAAGCAAAAUCUUGUGAAAUUUCAUGUUAGGGUGGAAAAAUUAUACACAAUUUUGUAAUCUUGCCAUAAUGUUUUAGUUUUUUUAUCUGAAAAAACAAUUUCUUGAUAGAAUCCAAAGUUGAUUUUGUGAUAAAAACAUUAGAGCAAGAAACAGUUCAUCUUUUUUUGUUUUAUCCUUUUGACUUAUCACCCCCAGAAGUUUUGUCCUGAGGAAAUAAUCCACUUCCAUACACACCAACACCAAUUCAGUUCCUGAAAAACCAAAAAUGUCAAGACAAAAUUCAAGAACAAGAUCAGGAGACUUUCCUAAUUACAAUGGGAUUGUUAGAAGGAUGAUAAAUCUACCAAGAAAUAUUAUGGAAGGAUUUUCAAGGGCAAUGGGACAAGGUAUUGAUUUAAUGAACAGAGUAGAAAGAAGAAACCAAGAAUUCCUCCCUGCACCACCACCUCCACCACCACCACCAGUACUACCACAGCCUCACUUCCCAUCAUUCCCACCCCAGUACGAGCCAAACACCGCGUUGAUCAACGAUGAAUGGGGAUUUUUGAACAACUUUGAGCAGAAUUAUGGUGUAACACAUCCAUUUUUUUAUGCUUGUAGGUUCAUUCAAGCAUUAAAGAUUGCCCAAGAUGAGAAAAAACUUGUGUUCUUAUACUUACAUUCUACUAAUCAUCCUUUUACUGCAGAGUUUUGCAGACAGACUUUGUGUUCAGAGAUUGUAGUUCAGUUCAUUGAUGCUAAUUUUGUCAGUUGGGGUGCAAUUUCUGAUAGAGGAGAGGGUUUGCAGAUGGGUGGUGUUUUAAGGCCAGCUAGUUUUCCAUUUUCUGCUGUUAUUGCUCCUGCUUCUGGUGAUAAUAUCUCUGUUCUGCAACAGAUUGAAGGACCAGUUUCCCCAGAAGAACUACUAGAAAUACUACAAAGAACAUUGGAAGAACAAGGGGUUGCCUUUAGCAAUACAAGAACCGAAGAUGAAGACAAGAAAAAUGCAGAUCGUCGAUUGAGGGAAGAACAAGAUGCUGCAUACUUUGCAUCCCUAACAUUAGACCAGGAGAAAGAGAGGCUGGAGAAUAUACCUGCAGAAAGAACAGUUCAGAAACCAGAAACAAUAACACAAGCAUCAAACAGAGGAUUGAGUGAAUGGCCAAGACAAAAUCCUACACCAGACAAAGCUGGUCAUGUCAAAGAAUCAGCUGCAAUGAAUAGAGAAAAUCUGCACAAGGAUAGUCCCAGUACAGCCAAUAAUACUCAGGUCACACAGAUAUUGGUAAGGUUUCCGAAUGGAGAACGAAAGGAGCACAGUUUCUCAGCAACAGACAAAGUGCAGGCAAUUUACUUCUACAUAGAUUCACUGGAUUUACCAGGAGUUGAGAAUUACAGGUUAAUAUCAAGCUUCCCAAGAAAAGUUUACGGUGCUGAUCAGAUGGACAUGACUUUAGAGGAUGCUGGUCUUCAUCCUAGAGCUAGUUUGUUGUUGGACAUUCUUUAGUUCAUACUUCAUAUAUAGCUUCCUGAAAAACAUUUAUCAGUUUAGUAAAAUCUUUAGAAUCUUUAUGAAAAGUAAGUAUUAAUUUUUGUAUGGACUA